AUGGCUUCAUUUGCCCUCUCAUCAUCUCUAACACCCAAAACCCUAAUCCCUUCACUCUCUAACCCCAAACCCACGUUCCCAACUUCGUUCAAACCCCAAUCAUGGAAUUAUCCACAGAUGAUUUCAGCUCCCAAGAUUCAGUAUCAGCCCUUGAUUACAAGGGCUGCUAUAGGUUCAGAUUAUUCGUCAAGAAGAAGUAACAGCAACAAUGACAAUAGAGAGACGAUAUUGUUACCUGGCUGUGAUUAUAAUCAUUGGUUGAUUGUUAUGGAAUUCCCUAAAGACCCUGCUCCUACUAGAGAGCAGAUGAUUGAUACUUAUCUGAAUACUCUUGCAACUGUCCUGGGCAGCAUGGAAGAGGCAAAGAAAAAUAUGUAUGCUUUUAGCACCACCACCUACACUGGGUUCCAAUGCACUGUAGAUGAAGCCACAUCUGAGAAAUUUAAGGGUUUGCCUGGGGUCCUCUGGGUACUGCCAGACUCGUACAUAGAUGUUAAAAACAAAGAUUAUGGAGGAGACAAGUAUGUCAAUGGGGAGAUUAUUCCCUGCACAUAUCCUACUUAUCAACCCAAGCAACGCACUACUUCAAAGUAUGAGAAUAGAAGGUAUGAGAGACGGAGAGAUGGACCACCUCCAGACCGAAGAAGACCAAGACAGGGGACAACCAAGCCAGAGUCAGCCUCUACUUGA